AAGUUCCCCGUGCAACUAUCGCUCGUUCUUUACCGACUGAACUAAAAAAAGCCUAUAACCUAGUGGCUGCUGACUUACUGCAAACCUUCCUGCAAAUGGAAGAUGGCGAAAGUGUUCGUCUGGGUGAUUUAGGAGCCUUCCAAAAAAAGGAACAAAAACUCCGAGCUAGCUGA